AUGUAUUUCCAAUGAUGAAUCGAGUGAAUCGCAAAUCAUAGAUAAACCGUUAUCUAUAGUUGUAGACAAUUUAUCUACUCAGGACAGCCAGGAUACUGAUUUUGAUAUUGUACAGCUUGAUGUAGACUCGCCUUUGGAUAAUGAUGAGAAUUUGCUACAACAAUCAUCACAAGGAAAGAAUGAGAUGUGCAAAUAUCACACAGAAGAUCGUGUCCCUUUCUCCUCUACGGCGCAUGCAAUAUUGAAUAAAAUGUCAUCAAAACAGUUGCUCUUUAAUAAAAUUGGCACAAUGGAAAAAUACAAGCAGAAGAAAAACAAAAAUGUAGUAGUACCAGAACCAGAUAAUUUUUAUAAGAAAAAAAAAGCAGAUAUCGAUAAUUAUAUGCGUACAAGUACUCAGUCGCUGGAGAAAAUGGCAAACACUGUUGAAAAUAUUAUUUUACAAAAAGCUGUAGAAAAAGCUGCAUCAAAAACACAUGUUUUUGAAAGUGAUGAUAUUGAUAAAGAUAUAUCCGACAUGUUAAAAUGUGCAUAUGUUGGUUUGAAACAAGUUAAAUCCGAUAUAAGAUUUAAUUGUAUACUUGACGUAUUGGAUGUAAUUAACAGAUAUAAAGAGCAAGGAUUACGGAAUAAUGAUUAA